CGCAACAAUAGGAAACACUCAUCUUCUCCGCGGGUCUCUCUCAGCCUAAGAAAAACGAAGCACUCUCACUCCUCUUUUCCUUUUGCCGUUGGGUUCCAUUUCCUCUGCAGCAAGGAAGCUCUCUUCCAAAUCCAGGCAGAUAUUGGUGAUACCAAAUCAAAAUGUAUAGCUCAGCAGCGAAGCGGCUUCUCCAUCUCUUUGGUACAUCCUUGGGUAGCAGUACCAACCACCGUAUUAUUCGUUACCGCCCUCUUCAAUCCCUUAUUAGUCGUUCUCACUUUUCCACAACUGUGAACUCUGAAUCUUUCGUCAAUCAAAGCCCUAACUUUCAAAACUCCACAUCGUCAACGGCCGAUCAAAUCCCUAAUUUUUCAAAUACCACGUCGUCAACGGCUGAUCACACUGGGAGACCGAGAGCGGAAUACCAAGAUGAGCAAGCUCGUGUGCUCCAAGCCUCACUCCCCCAUGUUAUGAGGUUGGGAUGGAGCGAAGCGGCCAUGAUUGCUGGUGCAAGGGAUGUUGGUCUGUCUCCAUCGAUUGUCGGAUCAUUUCCAAGGAAGGAGGGUAUGCUCGUUGAGUUUUUCAUGGAUGACUGUUUGCAAAGGCUCAGUGAUAUGAUCGACUCUAGUACAGAGGAGUUAAAAAGUUUGAUACCAAGUGAGAGGAUCACAAAGCUUGUGAAGAUUCGCUUAGAAAUGCAGGCACCCUACAUAUCGAAGUGGCCACAAGCUCUUAGCAUCCAGGCACAACCAGUGAAUGUACCCACAAGUUUUAAGCAGAGGGCAAUGCUUAUGGAUGAGAUUUGGCAUGGUGCUGGCGACGACACAGCUGAUUUUCAGUGGUAUGUGAAGCGGACUGUCCUUGGAGGUAUAUACUCCACAACCGAGAUUUACAUGCUUACUGAUAAUUCCCCAGAUUUUUGUGAUACAUGGGCAUUCUUGGAUGAUCGAGUGAAAGAUGCUUUUGACUUGAAGAAAACCGUCCAAGAGGCAACAUACUUGGCAGAAGCUGUUGGUGCUGGGAUGGGGACUUCUUUGCAAGGAUUUGUGAAGAGAGUCUUUCAGGGCUAAGAUAUUACUAAAGAAUUAUAUUGCAAGCAUCAGUCCUCUCUCUGGUCAGUAAACUUGGAUGAGAUGCUCUGUUACGACUUUACUAAAGAAUUAUAUUGCUAGCUCAAAUUAUUAUAAAUCUUUUCCUUCUCUGCUGAAGCCUGAGUUGAGUUUAGCUGUCUAUUGCAAGAUCCAUUUCUUUGUCAAUUGAAGCUUCAUUUAAGCUCUCAGGGUCCAGUUUUAAGGUAUUGCACAUUUUUGGUACUUUCUGUAGUCUGUUGAAUUCAUGUUGGCCGGGGCCUCACCUUAGACCUGAAAUAAAUAAAAGGGAAUUUACCCGGACAAGAAAA